GGUUCCUUCCAUCUGCUGCGAAAUUCAACCAGGCUGUGCGAUAUUAGUGGGGGAGGCAUCCGCGAGUACGGAAUCUUGUUGUUUGAAAACAGUAAUUUGCCCCAACGACGAAAACAAACUAUGAUUGAAAAAGUUACAAUUGAACAUCAAAGAAAGAAAUGACCCAUUCUUGCAUAUAUCGUUAACGGUCAGUUGAUGCACUUUAACUUUUGGAGGACCGAUUUACUUUUUGUCAGGACGCAUGAAACGACCGACUGAAGUGCUCUGCCGUGGGUCAUAUACACUGUUAGCUGCUGCGGGAUUCUCAUCUUUGGAAAGACAGCCAGUACAACGCCAUUCACACUACUUUACGGUGGGAGAUAUACUGUUGGAUAUCUAUUAUCUUUUUGUGAAAAGUUUACCAUCAAAUCUCAGACUCGGAGUCCGACAUUUUUCUACGCUGGCUGUUCCGUCGCCCUCAGACAAGGUUGUCAUCGUGAGCGGCCCAGUGCUGAGGCCCCACAAGUCGUCAUGGAGUUCCUGUCUCAGAGUGGUGAGCAGUUGUAGCACCGUCAGCAGCAUGCUGGUGUGGGCCCCUCUGCUGGCCCUCGGACUGCUCGCCCAGGUCCAGCCAGCCCAGGCCCGCCCUGCCGUCAUCAACGAGGUGCCCCCGGAGGCCCAGGCGGAACAGUACACCCUGUACCCCGGGGACCGCCUGGAGCUGAGCUGCACGGCCAAGGCAGAGUCGCCCCCCCAGGCGGCCAACUGGACCAAGGACCAAGCGGCCGUGCUGGACGGCGAGCACACGCACCUGCGCAACGGAGCGCUGGAGAUCAAGGGGGUGGAGCCGGCCGACUCCGGCCUGUACGUCUGCACCACCUACGGGAACCACAGCCUCUACUUCUCCGUCAACGUUUCAGUUGACGUCCACGUCUCGUCCGAGGACGAAGACGAGGAGGAGGAGUCGUCCUCGGAGGAAGCCAAGCUGUCCAGCAGUCAGCUGUUACCGAUGGCCCCUCAGUGGGCUCAGCCAGAGAAGAUGGAGAAGAAGCUCCACGCCGUUCCUGCCAGUAAGACCGUCAAGUUCCGCUGUCAGGCCAGCGGGAACCCCACCCCCACCCUCAAGUGGUUCAAGAACGGCAAGGAGUUCAAGAGAGACCAGCGCAUUGGAGGUUUCAAGGUUCGAGAGCACAUGUGGACCAUCAUCAUGGACUCUGUGGUGCCCUCCGACAAGGGCAACUACACGUGUGUGGUGGAGAACCAGCAUGGCAGCAUCAACCACACCUACCAGCUGGAUGUCGUGGAGCGCUCCCCUCACAGGCCCAUCCUCCAGGCCGGCCUUCCAGCCAACCGCACGGCAGUGGUGGGCAGUGACGUGGAGUUUGAGUGCAAGGUGUUCAGCGACCCCCAGCCUCACAUCCAGUGGCUGAAACACAUCGAGGUGAACGGCAGCCGCUUGGGAACCGACGGCCACCCCUACGUCCGUGUCCUUAAGCACUCUGGGGUCAAUAGCUCGGACACUCAGGUGCUGACUCUCUACAAUGUGACCGAGAAGGAGAGCGGGGAGUAUAUAUGUAAAGUGUCUAAUUAUAUAGGGGAGGCCAAUCAGUCGGCCUGGCUGACCGUCACCAGAUAUGAGCCCCAAGCCGUGCCUCGCUUCACCCAACCCAGCCACGUUUACCUGGAGGUGGUCAUCUACUGCGUGGGCUUCUUCUUCAUCGCCGUCAUGGUGGCCGUGGCCAUCCUCUUCAAGAUGCGCAGCUCGUCCCGGAAGAGCGACUUCCACAGCCAGCUGGCCGUGCACAAGCUGGCCAAGCGUAUCCCGCUGCGCAGACAGGUAACAGUGUCCGUGGACUCCAGCUCCUCCCUCCACUCAGGGGUGAUGCUGGUGCGCCCCUCCCGCCUCUCCUCCAGCGGCUCCCCCAUGCUGUCGGGGGUGUCUGAGUACGAGCUGCCCCAGGACCCCCGCUGGGAGCUGAGCAGGGACAGGCUGGUUCAGGGCAAACACCUGGGAGAGGGCUGCUUCGGCCAGGUGGUGAUGGCCGAGGCUCUGGGCCUGGACAAGGAGAAGCCCAACCGAGUGACCAAGGUGGCCGUCAAGAUGCUGAAAUCUGACGCUACGGAGAAAGACCUGUCAGAUCUGAUCUCGGAGAUGGAGAUGAUGAAGAUGAUUGGCAAGCACAAGAACAUCAUUAACCUGCUGGGAGCCUGCACGCAGGACGGCCCGCUGUACGUGAUCGUGGAGUACGCCUCCAAGGGCAACCUGAGGGAAUACCUGCGUGCCCGCCGGCCCCCUGGCAUGGAGUACUGCUACAACCCUGACCAGGUGCCCGUGGAGAACAUGUCCAUCAAGGACCUGGUGUCCUGCGCCUACCAGGUGGCCCGGGGGAUGGAGUACCUGUCUUCCAGGAAGUGUAUACACCGAGAUCUGGCGGCCCGUAACGUCCUGGUGACCGAAGACAACGUGAUGAAGAUCGCCGACUUCGGCCUGGCCAGAGACAUCCACCACAUCGACUACUACAAGAAGACCACCAAUGGUCGUUUGCCAGUCAAGUGGAUGGCCCCAGAAGCCCUAUUUGACCGCAUCUACACUCAUCAGAGUGACGUGUGGUCCUUUGGGGUGCUGCUGUGGGAGAUCUUCACCCUGGGGGGGUCUCCGUACCCGGGCGUUCCUGUGGAGGAGCUGUUCAAGCUGCUGAAGGAGGGUCACCGCAUGGACAAGCCCUCCACCUGCACCCACGAGCUGUACAUGAUGAUGAGGGACUGUUGGCACGCAGUGCCCUCCCAGAGGCCCACCUUCAAGCAGCUGGUGGAGGAUCUGGACCGCACCCUGGCCAUGACGGCCAACCAGGAGUACCUAGAGCUGUCCGUGCCCCAGGACCAGUAUUCCCCCAGCUACCCCGACACGCGCAGCUCCACCUGCUCCUCCGGAGAGGACUCGGUCUUCUCCCACGACGCUGCCGCAGAGGAGCCCUGCCUGCCCAAGUUCCCACCCAACUCCAACGGCGUGGCCCUGAAGAAGCGCUGAUACCUCACCUCCCUCCCUCCCUUCUCCCAUCCCCCUCUCCUCCAAUAGCAGCUGGGCUGGACUCUUCCACACCAUCCCCUCACCCGCCUCACCCCGGCCCCCAGAGAUGAAGCUAAACACUGGUGCUCUGAGAGAGAGGGGGCUUGGAGGCCCCCACCACCCCCCCCCCCCACCUCCCCCCCUCUGAAACUCUCACAGCAGCCUGUUACAAGGACUCAGGAGUUUCCUGCCUCCUCAUGGCUGAAGUGGAUAUUUGUGUGGUCUCUUUUUCAAAAAAAAUUUCGGGGGCCCUUUCUAUCGCUGAGAUGGGUUUUCUCUGUCCUUGUACUGGAGCAGGACAGAGCCCUGCUGUCUGCUCCCGUCUUGAGAGUUCUACAGGACGAGAGUUCUACAGGACGAGAGUUCUACUGAGGAAACGUAGAACAGUGAUCUAGGUGCCUGUUAUUGUGUCUGAUGUAUUUUUCCAACUGUUGCUUGUCGGUGAUGUAUGAAAGCGUUUUGUUUUCCAAGACCAAAUUUUCAGAAUAUAUUAUCAAGAGACAUUCAUAUCUUGUAUAUGUUAGGGCGGUGAUCCAUUUGUUUCAUUUAAAUUACAAUCUUCUUGUAAAUACAGUUAGAAAUUUAUAAAUAUGAAUAUAUAUUUACACUUUACCCUUAUUUUGUAUUACCAUAUUUGAUUUACUAUUGUUUUUGUACAAGGAUGCUAAUGUUUUGUUCUUUUUUGCAUAUAGUCCAUAGGGGCCAUUGCUACAUGAAAUUGUAUUGAAGAUUACCUGGCCAGUUUUUUGCUAUUUGACAUUUCAGCUUUGCUUUUCUCUUUAGUACUGGUUAACGACCCUAGGAAAUACGUAUUAAUUUUCCGUGUAUUCAGGUCCGCACAUUUCUUUCCCAC